CUUAUUCCCAUCUUUGCAUAUUUUGCUCCGCUUCAGGCUAGCAGCCGAACACUGGCUAGCUAACUAGCUCGAUCCCCCAAACAUUUCCUGUUUUAACUUUUAAUUUUCCUCCCCAGUCGUGUUUAUUUUUAACACGGACUGUACAGUGAGAUCGGUCUGCCCGUUUGCUCUAAUAAGAUGGUGGUUUUGACGAAUGAUAAUGAAGAACAGGAUUAUAUCCUGAUAGAAGAGCGCAAAUGCAUCUCCCUUCCCAGCUCCCCUGCCAAGCGAGUGUCUCCCACUAAAAGGAAGCAGUUCUUUAUCAAUCAAGCCAUCCGAAACUCGGACCUCACUCCCCGUGCCAAAGGCAAAAAGAGCCUCCGCAGACUGGAAAACACACGCUAUCUUGAUAAUCUUCUUGAGAGGGAAGACUGCUCCAAAGAUGAUCUGGAGGUAUGCAGUAACCCGGCUAUUCCAUCGAUCUUCACUGAAGCCUGCACCAACGGAAACUACAUACCGAAAUGGAAUGACUUCAUGAAUUGCUCUGGUGAGGAGCAAGAGAGGUUGUUGUCUCUGCUUGAGCAGGAGGAAGCCAAGCAGAAAAGCACCAGCCGCCUCCUCAAAGACCAGAGGAAUGUAUAUCCUGCCUUUACUGCUCAGGACUGCUUCCAAAGAAUUGAUCGCAGGUUGCGAGUAACUCUUAAACGGAAGCAAAUCCCUUUGGGAACUCUGGGACUACUUGAGAACAGCCUUCUGAACUUCUUCAAGGCUGAACCUCACUCAGUUUACACAACCAACCUUGCCAGCAGCUUUGAGAGACUGCUGCUUCAUGCCAUCUGCCAGUACAUGGACCUAUCCUCUGCAAGCACUGACAACAAUGGCUCACGUCAGACCAAGGUGGUAAAUAAGCAAGAAAACUUUCUGCCUCCUUCACCUCUGCUAUCUGUAUACCUGGAGCAGUUGAGCUGAGAGCAGGGCCGUCCUGUGUUCUCUACCUGGCUGUGCUGCAGGCAGGAGCUCUGAGAGAUGUAGAUAAAGUGCAUCAUCUGUACAUGUAUAUAAAUAAUGUGUGCGUAAUGUCAGCGCUCAGGAAACAGCUGAACAAUGCCUGCUACCUUCAGGUUGGGUUGUGGAUUCUGUAGUAAAUCUUUCGUUAGUCGUAUCCAUGCAACAAAUCAGGUUUAUUACGCAUAUAAAUGUUCAAUAUUAACAUACUAGCAUGCUAAUUGUGUGCAUGCUAAUAUGUUGAGGUUAGCACGCAGCCCAGCCAUUGAACCCAGUUCAAUACAGGAGGCAGACACAUCUAAGACCGAUAAAGCACAACUUUAAUUGAUAAGUACAACAGAGCUAAAUUUGUGAUGACUUAACGUGACGACCGUACAAAGAAUAUCUUGUUUUUUAUGUACUGUAGAGAUGCAGUAAAUUUCAUGUUCUGUCCUUGUUUCACACUCAGACCAAAUCUACAGUUCCUGUCUACAGAUAAACAUACGAUUGAGAUGGAGUCUGAUCUCAUGAUGACUCUAUGAGUCACCAUCAUAAUGAAACUAAAUGGUAAUCUCGGACUCUGAAUUACAACCUUGGCUUCGUGAUAAUUACUAUAAUUAUCAAAAACAGUUUCAUUACGGUUAUUUUAGCACUGUGUCAAACAGUAUUUAUAAAUCCGUCAUGCAGAUAUGAAUUGUAAUCAGCUGUAUACAGAAUGGCGAGUUAAAAUAUUCACCUUCAAGUACAGUGGAUUUAAUGACUUUCAGUACAGUGACAUUUAUUAGACGUUUACCAAAGCAAACAAACACCUUAAUUUACUGUAUAUACCUAUACAGGACGGUUUUGUCGGUUGAUGGUGCUGAAAUUUUUUUUUGACCAUUCUCAUUUUCUGUGACUGCUUCAGGUCACAUCUACAAAACAAGUCUGAAUUACUUGUAUAAUAUUCAUAACACAUUUGCAGUAUAAAGUAAAAACUACAGACAGGAAGGAAGAAUAUCCUGCUAAGCUGCACUUAGAGACACGAGACAGAGUUUGCAUCUGCUGAAGAGUUUCCUGUCUGAAUCACAGUGCUACGGUUCACCAUGUGUUCAGCGUACAUUGUGCCAUGUGUCAGAGCGAUAUCGUACACCCUCACACUGAUUUGAGAUUUUAUUCCAAGAUAUCAGCAAAGAGACGAGACACUCAAAACGUCAUAGUCUAGACAUCAUGUAUCUGGUGUAAAUAACGCCUGUGUCCUCUCCCCACUUAAGUUUAGGGCUCCAUAAAUUAUGUAAUCAUAAAUGACAACAUUAACCUAAAACAAAUGGAAUAUUUGCUAUUCUUUUGUCAUGUGUGUGCAGUAGUUCAGUGCUAAUAAGGAAUAACUGGUUUUAUGGUGCUAAGAUUAGGAAAUGCGUCACUGCCUGACAGAUUAGCUUGUAGGAUGUGUGUGUAAGUAGUUAGAUAUGAAGCAUGAACAGUUUUAGCUUUCUGCAUUGUACACAGACACGCAAUCAUUGCUAGAAACUUAAAUGUUUUCAUGGAUGUAAAAUAUUAGCUUCUAAUGUUGGGAAGUAACUCUUUGAUAAGCAUCUCAGUUUUAUGUGUCAAAAAAAAAGUUGUUGACUUGGGGAUUUUUUUUGUCCUGCUCUUUGUUUAAUUUUGUCACCUUGUCUUUUGUCUUUAAUAUGUUGAUGGUUUUUACACAAACAACAUUCACUCUGAUAACUGUAUGUUUAAUACACAACUAUAACUUUUAAAGCCUUCUAUUUCCACUAACUUGUGAUAUACCUUAGAAGAUAGUCUAUGUACAGAGGGUGUGGGCAAGUAACCACAUUGAAGCUGCUGAGUUUUGACUCUGCAACCCCUGAAAAGCACUUCAGCCUUAUAAACACAAGUUCCUAUGGUUCUUUAUGUAUGUUUCUACAUUAGUUAGCUGAUUUUUGGAAAUAUUUUUCCAAGUUACUUUGUUAAAAAAAGUUUUUGGAAACAAUGUAGUUAAGUCGAUUAAAUACAAAUGCUCAUGUUAGCUGUGGAAUGUGACUGUUGUGUGUGUGGAAAGUCAACUUCUCAGGCUUUGAACAUCUCACUCUGAAUGUCAUGUAAUAAACUCAUAAUGAUUUUCAGUGUACACACAUUUGUUUUUUAAGAUGAACUUGUUUAGAUCAUGUUUGCUGCCAACCUUUUAAAUACCUGUCAAAGUAGCUGUGCCAACAUUUGGAUUUAAAAAGCCUAUAAACGUCUGAAAGCUUUAUACACUAGACUGUCUCAUGUUUGUGGUUAUAAUGCUUUGUGUGUGCUACAGUACCUAUUUAUGAUUAUUACUGCAACUAUUAAAUGAUUUAUGAUACUG